AUGAACAGAACCACCAGCUUCUUCAAGAAACCGUCUUUUUCUCUCUGUUUCAGCUCCUCCUCCUCACACUCCACAACCCAUUUGCCUCUUCGGUCUUCGUACGACCUCACCACCUGCAUUUCCUCUUUGCAAGCAUGUGCUCGCCACAAGAGCCUCAAAAAGGGCAAGCAAAUCCACGCCAACAUGCUCACCAAUGGCUUCCUUCACUCCCCUCUGUCCAUAACCAGCCUCAUCAACAUGUACUCCAAGUGCAACCAAAUGGACGACGCCGUUUCCACCUUCAACUAUCAAUCUCUUGACCACAAUGUGUUUGCUUACAAUGCAGUCAUUGCUGGGUUCAUUGCAAAUGGGCUAGCUAGACAUGGGUUUGAGUUUUACAGAAGAAUGAGGCUGACCGGUGUUGUGCCCGACAAGUUUACGUUUCCGUGUGUGAUCAGAGCUUGUAGUGGGGUUUUGGAGGUUAGGAAGAUUCAUGCGUUGGUGGUUAAAUUUGGGUUGGAGUUGGAUGUUUAUAUUGGUAGCGCUUUGGUGAGUACGUAUUUAAAAUUGGGGUUAAUGGAGGAGGCACAAGAAGUGUUUGAAGAAUUGCCUGUGAAAGAUGUUGUGCUUUGGAAUGCAAUGGUUAAUGGGUUUGCGCAGAUUGGGCGGCUUGAGGAGGCUUUGGUGGUCUUCAGGAUGAUGGGUGAGGAAGGGGUUGUGCCGAGUAGAUUUACAGUAACUGGGGUCUUGUCAAUUUUUGGGGUAAUGGGAGAUUUUGACAAUGGGAGAGCAGUGCAUGGGUUUGCAAUGAAAAUGGGGUAUGAUUCAGGAAUUGAGGUUUUGAAUGCAUUAAUUGACAUGUAUGGGAAAUGCAAGUGUGUUGGAGAUGCCUUGGAGAUUUUUGAGAUGAUGAUUGAGAAGGAUAUAUAUUCAUGGAACUCAAUUAUGGCAGUGCAUGAACAGUGUGGCGAUCUAGAUGGAACUCUGAGGCUUUUUGACAGAAUGUUGAGUGCUGGGGUUCUUCCUGAUUUGGUAACCAUCACGACGGUUCUUCCAGUGUGCUCUCAUCUGGCAGCAUUGAUGCAUGGUAGAGAAAUUCAUGGCUAUAUGAUCAAAAAUGGGUUGGAGAAGGAUGUGAAUGAACAUGUGGAUGAUGUGCAAAUGACGAAUGCAGUCAUGGACAUGUAUGCAAAAUGUGGGAGCAUGAGAAAUGCUUAUAUGAUUUUUGAUAAGAUGAGGAAUAAGGAUGUGGCAUCCUGGAACAUCAUGAUCAAGGGUUAUGGCAUGCACGGCUAUGGCAGCAAGGCAUUAGAUAUGUUCUCUGAUAUGUGUGAGGCCCAAAUCCCGCUUGAUGAGGUAUCAUUUGUUGGGGUUUUGUCUGCGUGCAGCCAUGCAGGCUUAGUGAGAGAAGGUCGUGAGUUCUUGAGACAAAUGAAGUCAAAGUAUGGCAUGGCUCCAACCAUUGAGCAUUAUACCUGCGUGGUUGACAUGCUUGGUCGAGCGGGGCAUCUGCAGGAGGCUUAUGAAUUGGUGCUAGAAAUGCCUAUUGAGACCAAUCCUGUGUUGUGGAGGGCACUACUAGCAGCAUGUAGACUCCACGGGAAUCAGGAUCUCGCAGAGGUUGCUGCACAGAAGGUGAAUGAACUUGAUCCGGGACACUGUGGUAAUUACGUGUUGAUGUCGAAUAUUUAUGUAGAGAAUGGUCGAUACGAGGAGGUAUCAGAAGUUAGACACACAAUGAGGCAACAGAAUGUGAAGAAGACACCAGGCUGUAGCUGGAUUGAGCUGAAGAAUGGUGUGCAUGCUUUUAUAACUGGAGAUAGAGCCCAUCCUAAAGCAAACUUUAUUUAUGCUGAAUUGGACUCAUUGACUGCUCGGCUUCGUGAACAUGGAUAUGUGCCUCAUUUCUAG